AUGGUGGAAAUGACAGUGAGACCCUGCACAGCGGCCUUCAAGCUGCAUGGUUCCAUAGCAGCGGCACGGAUACUACCAGCGGCAAAGCUUUUGAGAGCAACUGUGAAAGAAUGGCAGCGUGGUAGUGGUCUUAAUGACCCUCCGCAAGGAGCCGACGAAAAAUUGAACCAAACCGAGCUACAGCCCGAGAAAAUAGACGAAGAAGCGUCUUACCGGAGCCCGCUGACUGAACUAGCUUACGCUGCUGCUGAAGUCACGCUGGAAGACCUCACUCCAGAGAUCGUCCGUCGUUAUUCUCAGGCCGACCAAGAGGUUCUUACCGCACGUUUCGAAGGACAGGAGCGCCGGAGAGCGCUCACCAGGAAGAUAGAUCGUUGCCUUAACGAGAUCAAUAACAACUACGAUGAUCAUGAUAUUGAUGCCGACGACGCUGCGCCGCAAUGUGAUAGUUCCCUCUUUGACCAAGUCUCCAGAACGCCAGAGGAGCCGCGUGGACCAAAGAAUGUCACCUCAUACAAGGAAAAGAACGCCUCCGAAGCUCGCGUGUUCUUUAACCGCAUGGAAGGGCACUUUAGGGCCAGCCCAGCAUGGUAUGCGGCGCCGGGUGCUAAGGUCAAUACAGCAGUAGAGUUACUUGGUGAUAAUUGUGUGAAUAUAUGGAAAAUACGCCGGUUAGGCUAUACUGAACCAUACCAUUGGUCGGACUUUAAAGACUUCUGCCUCAGCCUUGUUGAUACUAAAGUCAAUAUUAGCAAGGAUGCGGCUUUCAAAUACUACAAUUCACGACAACGCCCGCAUCAAUCAGAAUUGGAAUUCUCAGCCUAUCUGAAAUCCCAGCUAGAUCUGAUGGACACAAGCCGUCAGACGAAGAUCGAAUCAUGCUGCUGUAUGCCAAAGUCCUCAACGAGGUCCGCUGUGAAGCCGGUAAAUACCAGAACCCGCCAGGCAAAUACCCAGAAUACGUGGGAUGGCUACACAAUGCGGAAAUGGGCAUACCAGGCCGUCGAAGUACCCUAA